GCCUAUCCUAACCUGCGAAGGACGCGGGCCAUUCGGCGCGGGGGUGGGGUCAUUUCCCACCAAUCAGCAGCAGGGAGCCGGCGGAGUGGGCGGGGCCUGUCCCUCCCCCUCGGCGGGCAGGGUCUUCCCGCCGCGACUGUCGCCCCCGGUGGUGACCUUUGACCUCGGCGGCGGCGGUUCGGGGUGCGGCAGCGGCGGCAGUUUUGCUCCUGAUGUUCCGCCAGCCAUGGAUAAAGAAAGCAACAGCACCAGCCUCGAGACUGUGCUACCAGCCAGCGGAACAGCCAUUCUGCAGUUUGUGGAAGACAGAAUACAGACCACUAUGCUGACCGGAAUUGCCAUUGGAGCCGCGGUCGCGUUGCUCCUCAUAGCGAUUGUCGUGUUUGUCGUUUACAGACGAGUGAAACGAUCCAAACAACUCCAGCCACACGUGCCUCAGUACCGAUUCCGCAAGCGAGACAAAGUGAUGUUCUACGGGCGGAAGAUCAUGAGGAAGGUUACAACCCUUCCGAACACUCUGGUUGGGAACACGGUGCCUCGCCAAAGGAUGCGGAAACGGACCAAAGUUUUAUCGUUGGCCAAAAGGAUUCUGCGUAUUAAGAAAGAAAGUCCGACUCUGCAGCCCAGAGAACCACCUCCCUCCUUGCUAGAGGCAGAUCUGACUGAAUUUGAUGUCAAGAAUUCCCAUUUGCCAUCGGAAGUCUUAUACAUGCUUAAAAAUGUCAGGGUCCUUGGCCACUUUGAGAAACCUCUUUUCCUGGAGCUGUGCAAGCACAUGUUCUUUGUGCAGUUGCACGAAGGUGAAUACAUCAUCCGGCCCGGGCAGCUGGACAACAGCAUCUACGUGGUGCAGGACGGCAGGCUGGAAGUCUGCAUCCAGGAGAGCGACGGGACAGAAGUGGUGGUGAAGGAGGUGCUGGCGGGAGACAGCGUCCACAGCCUUCUCAGCAUCCUCGACGUUAUCACGGGUCACCCUGCUCCUUCCAAAACCGUCUCAGCCCGAGCAGCCAUUCCGUCCACUAUAUUGCGACUCCCAGCAAAUGCCUUCCAAGACGUGUUCAGGAAAUACCCCGAGACUCUCGUUAGAGUGGUACAGAUCAUCAUGGUGAGGCUGCAGAGGGUGACAUUCCUGGCUCUGCACAACUACCUGGGGCUGACCACCGAGCUCUUCAACUGUCAGAGCCAGGCCAUCCCGCUCACCUCCGUGGCGAAUGUCACAGCUGGAGGAAGUUCCAGCAGAGCAUUAAAAAGACAAGUGUCCAACAUGUCUGAGGAAGAUCGCACAGAGAAGUUUGAAAAGACUGACGAAGCAUUGGAAAUGGAUACACUGAAGACUCCCGGUGCAGAAAACUCUGAAAAUAUUUUCAAAAGAAGCCUUUCCUCACCUCCCUGCACCGGGUCUGCAGAGGCUUCCACUAGUUCCAGUGGUGCCAAGUCAGACAUGGACAUGGCGUACGAGCGAGCCAGGGUGCACUUCAGCACCGAGGAGGUUGUCAGCAGCCCUGCCACGGGCAAGUCAAUACUGAAGAAGACGGUGACGGUGACAGAAACUCCUUCAGCAGUUGUCUAUUACAGCGCUGCGCAAGAUUCCUGUAAUAACAAGCAUAUUGAUGCCAUCGUCGAAGCAGCAAAGAAAGACUUCUCAACCUUGAUGAAACUUGAUGAUCCUUCGCUGCUGAACGGCAGAGUGACGCUGCACCAGGUGAUGGCCGGGACUGUGCUGUCCAGACAAGGAGACCAGGAUGUUAAUAUUUGCUUUGUGGUCUCGGGGAUGCUUCAUGUGUACCAGCGGAAAAUAGACUCGGAGGAGGACACCUGCCUCUUCGUCACCCACGCCGGGGAGCUCGUCGGGCAGCUCGCGGUCCUGACCGGGGAACCGCUGAUUUUCACCAUCAAGGCCAAUCGAGACUGCAGCUUCCUCUCUAUUUCCAAGUCCCAUUUCUAUGAGAUAAUGCGGGAGCAGCCAAGCGUGGUGCUCGGUGUGGCCCACACUGUGCUGAAGAGAAUGUCCCCCUUUGUUCGACAAAUCGACUUUGCCCUGGAUUGGAUGGAGGUUGAGGCCGGACGAGCUGUUUACAGGCAGGGUGACAAGUCCGACUGCACGUACAUUGUGUUGAACGGUCGACUUCGUUCGGUCAUCAAGAUGGAUAAUGGAAAAAAGCACCUGACGGGGGAAUACGGCCGAGGAGACUUGAUUGGAGUGGUAGAGGCGCUAACCCACCAGCCCAGAGCCACCACUGUACACGCCGUCAGGGACUCGGAGCUCGCCAAACUCCCCGAGGGAGCACUGACCUGUAUCAAGCGCAAAUUCCCCCAGGUUGUGACCAGACUGAUCCACUUGCUGGGCGAGAAGAUCCUGGGCAGCCUGCAGCAGGGAGCAGUUUACCCUCUCGGAUUGCACAGCUCGAGCAAGUGGGACGCGGGCAAUCCUGCCAGCAACCUGUCCACCGUAGCCAUCAUGCCGGUGUCCGAGGAGGUGCCGCUUACGGCUUUUACCCUGGAGCUCAAGCAUGCGCUCAGCGCUGUUGGUCCUACUUUGCUGCUCACCAGUGACAACAUCAAACAGCGACUCGGUUCUGCUGCACUGGACAGUCUCCACGAAUACCGGCUGACCAGCUGGCUGGGCCAGCAGGAGGACAUCCACCGCAUCGUGCUGUACCAGGCAGACAGCACCCUGACCCCCUGGACCCAGCGCUGCAUCCGACAGGCCGACUGCAUCCUCAUUGUGGGGCUGGGCGACCAGGAGCCCACCGUGGGCGAGCUGGAGAAGAUGCUGGAGAGCACGGCGGUGCGAGCGCAGAAGCAGCUGAUCCUGCUCCACAAGGAGGACGGGCCUCUCCCUUCCCGCACCGUGGAGUGGCUCAACAUGCGCAGCUGGUGUUCUGGUCACCUCCACCUGCACUGUCCGCGCAGAGUCUUCUCCAAAAGAAGCCUGCCCAAGCUGAUAGAGAUGUACGACCGCGUGUGCCAGAAACCACCCGACCGACACUCCGACUUUUCUCGCCUGGCUCGUGUUCUGACCGGCAAUGCCAUUGCGCUGGUGCUCGGCGGCGGAGGAGCGAGAGGAUGCUCCCAAGUGGGAGUUAUCAGGGCGCUGACGGAAGCCGGCAUCCCCAUAGACAUGAUCGGAGGAACAUCCAUCGGUGCUUUUAUGGCCGCCUUGUACGCCGAAGAACGCAACUACAACCAGAUGCGCAUCAAAGCCCAGCAGUGGUGCAUGGUCGUGAACUCACUGUUUAAGAACUUUCUAGACUUGACAUAUCCUAUAACCUCUAUGUUUUCUGGAGCGUCUUUUAACAAAAGCAUCAGCAACAUCUUCAAAGACAAGCAGAUCGAGGAUCUGUGGAUUCCUUACUUCACUAUCACAACUGACAUCACGGCCUCGGCAAUGAGGGUCCACACGGACGGCUCCCUGUGGAGGUACAUCCGUGCCAGCAUGUCCCUUUCGGGGUACAUGCCUCCCCUCUGUGACCCCAAGGACGGGCAUCUCUUGAUGGAUGGAGGUUAUAUCAACAACCUACCGGCUGACGUCGCGAGGUCCCUGGGCGCAAAGGUGGUGAUCGCCAUCGACGUGGGGAGCCAGUAUGAGACAGACCUUGUCAACUACGGCGACUGCUUGUCCGGCUGGUGGCUGCUCUGGAAGAAGUGGAAUCCACUGGCCAAGAAAGUCAAGGUGCUGAACAUGGCAGAGAUCCAGACGCGGCUGGCGUACGUGUGCUGUGUGCGGCAGCUGGAGAUGGUGAAGAGCAGCGAUUACUGCGAGUAUAUCCGCCCGCCCAUCGACCGAUACCGGACCCUGGACUUUAAGAAAUUCGAAGAAAUCUGUGAAGUGGGAUAUCAGCACGGGAAAACUAUAUUUAGUGUCUGGUGCAGGAGUGGAGUGCUUGACACGAUGAUGACAGACAGGACUUGGACUUGCAAAUCCAAAACCGAUAACGUGGCCUCUCCCACCACCUCUUUUACGGACCUGGCAGAAAUCGUCUCCCGGAUCGAGCCCGUGAAGGCGCCCGUGGCAGACGAUGAGUCAGACUACCAGACUGAGUACGAGGAAGAAGUUCUGGACAACCAAAAGGAUGAUUAUAUCAAUUUCAUAAGGACCCAGGCUGACGACAACUCCGACUCGGAUGAAGAGGUGCAGAUAAGACAGCGCAGGAACGUCCCCAGCGUGGACGACCAGGCGAGCAGCACCUACGAAAUCAGUUCAUGUGAACCGUAACUUCCGAUUUCCUGACAGAUCAUGGAGCUGACACUUAUUGGAUAACUCUGGAAUCAUGACUUGGCUGUAUUUGCCCUGUGAGAUAAAAUUGUUUUACCGGA